AUCUAUCUAUCUAUCUGAGAAUUUGUGAGGUAAUCAGUAUAUAUUUGUAUACAAAAAAGAGUUUGCUCCCAAAUUCUUUGAAAACAAAGAAGAUGGGACUGAAAGUGUAUGCGGAUCGAAUGUCCCAGCCAUCUCGUGCCGUUGUUAUCUUCUGCAAGAUUAAUGGGAUAGAUUUUGAGGAAAUCCGAAUAGAUAUUUUCAAAAAGCAGCAAUUCUCCCCUGAAUAUAAAGCAAUAAAUCCUAUGUCUUUAGUUCCAGCAAUAACUGAUGGACGCUUUAAGCUCUUUGAGAGUCAUGCUAUUCUUAUUUACAUAUGUUGUGCUUUUCCGGGAGUGGCUAGUCACUGGUACCCUGGUGAUUUAGCUAAAAGAGCUAAGAUCCACUCUGUUUUAGACUGGCAUCAUUCCAAUUUACGUCGUGGUUCAGUUGGACUUGUUUUCAAUAGUAUCCUGGCACCGGUAAAUGGCUUUCCCUCAAACCCUCGAGCAGCCAAAGAAGGUGAGAAGAUACUCUUGAAAUCGUUGUCCAAAUUAGAAACUUUUUGGCUGAAAGAUGGACGGUUUUUGGUUGGAAGUUCCCAACCAUCAAUAGCAGAUCUCAGUUUAGUAUGUGAAAUUAUGCAACUUGAGUUUCUGAGUGAGAAAGACCGUAAUCGGAUACUAAGCCCUUACAAGAAAGUUCUUCAGUGGAUCGACGAUACAAAGACUGCAACUGCACCUCAUUUUGAUGAAGUUCAUGGUAUUCUCUUUAAAGCCCAGAAAGUAAUUCGAGAGAGGAUGAAAGCAGAAUCUGGGAAAAGCGAAUUGAAGUCAAAGCUUUGAGGUCACACAUCAACUUGAUUUAGUGUAUGUAAGACUAAGUUGGUAUUAUUGCUGUAUGAUCUCUCUUAACUUGGUACAAAUCAAUAAACCAUUUCAAGAUUAUGUAAUCA